AUCAAUUCCGUUAUAAAUUUAAUAGUGGUGUUGUGAUCGCAGUUGCGGGCCACGCGUGCGGCAGGCAGAUACUCUGCGUUUCACACCGGCUCGAGACGAUUCUCAACGUAAACAGUUUCAGAUUACAAAAAUAUUGCGCUAAAACUAACGCGAAGUGCGCUAUAAUGAACGUGAAUUAAAAUAUAAACAUGCACUAAAUUUGGACGCAUUACGGAUACGUAAUAUUCCAUAAAAAUGCGCUAUAUCACCGUCAGUUCUGCGAUAUCAAUUGCCAACGUUAACGUUUUACGCAUAACGCGUUCUCUAACAAGUUCUGCGAAAUUUUCUACGAUGGAUAUACCAGUUUCUAGGGGAUUACCGAUAAUAGGUAAUCUCUUAGCGUUACUACGAGCUGGUGGGGCAUCGAACCUUCAUCACUACAUCGACAAAAGGCAUAAAAAGCAUGGCGUAAUUUUCAAGGAAAAACUUGGCGCUAACGUACAUGCUGUAUUCAUUAGUGAUCCGGAUAUGAUGCGUGCAGUGUUUGCAAAAGAGGGCAAGCACCCGGUGCAUGUAUUGCCGGAAGCCUGGACGCUUUACAACGAAUUAUACGGAUGUGCGCGAGGUUUAUUUUUCAUGAACGGUACGGAAUGGUUGCAUCACAGACGUGUCAUGAACAACUUCCUUCUCAAGUCUGGCCCGGAAGAUUUUAUGAAGGAAGCGAUUGAAGCAAGCGCCGGAAGUUUAAACUUGUUGCAAUGGGAACACAACUUGGAAGAAGCACUGUACCGCUGGUCACUGGACACAAUCAUUGCAGUCAUGUUGGGCAAAAAGCUAUACCUCGAGUGUAAAUCGGAUAUAAAUGAAAAACUCGAUACAGCAUCACACAAAAUCAAAUUGAUAUUUGAAACCUCAGCGCAAUUGCAAUUCAUGCCAAUUCGGUUGGCGCAUAGACUCGGUUUGCGUAUUUGGAGGGACUUUGUUCAAGCUGUUGAUGAUGCUCUGAUAAAUACAAGCGGUUUAGUUUAUGAGCUAAUGCGCAUUUCCCAGAAUACUGGUUUAAAUUCCACCUACGACAUGGGCGUAAUUUCACUGAUGCGUAGUUCUCAAAUUGCACCUAGUGACAUAAUCAAAAUAGUGGUCGAUCUCGUGCUGGCAGCAGGAGACACCACAGCGUAUACCAUGCAGUGGGUGUUAUAUUCUUUAGCGAAGCAUCCGGAAUAUCAAAAUUGCAUUGAAGCCAGCGAUAUUAAAAAUUUGAUGAGGGAGACGCUACGUUUGUAUCCCGUCGCACCAUUUCUUACACGCAUUAACACCGACCAUGACAUUGUUGCGGGAAAUUAUUACAUUCCAAGAAACACGUUGAUUAUAUAUAGCUUGUACACAGUGGGACGAGAUGAGAAAUAUUUUUAUCAACCGAAUAAAUUCAAUCCGGAAAGGUGGCGCAGCAAAACACCUCAGAUGAUGCAAGCCAGUUUGCCUUUUGCAAUGGGAGCCCGGUCAUGCAUUGGACGCCGUAUUGCGGAAAUACAACUAAUGAGCACACUUCAGAAAGUUUUGAAAAGUUAUUCAAUCCGACUACAACAGCCAAAUGAAGAUAUAGAUAUGAUUCUGAAAUUAAUUUCUGUACCUUCCAAACCUAUUCGUCUUAUUUUCAAAGAAAAAUAUUAAUUUUGCUCCGCUCACAAUGCAUGUAUAUAGUUAUUGCUGAUAGUUAUUGUAAACAAAUAAGUAUUCAAUAAAAUUGAAUUUUAAGUAUC